AUGGAUAGUCCUAAAGAUGAAUCGAGUGAAGGCGAAGUCGAAACAAUUUACGUUGGACCUAAUGAUGUUUCUAAAGCCAAUGAUGGUAACUGCGUUAAUGGCGGCAGUAGUGAUGUUACAUCGGAACCUAAGGUCAGUACUGAUUAUGUUUUGAAACAAUUAAUGAAACAGAACGAAAUGCUGAUGAACUUACUUUCAUUACAAGCAAGUAAUACAAAGAAUGAACCCAAAAUUAUACCAGUUUUACCCGAUCUGAAUAAAUCGUUACCUAGUUUUACGGGGAAAAGUAAUAAUGAUGAUGCUUUAGAUUGGCUAGAUACUGUGAAUAAUAUAGCUUGUCACCAAAAAUGGCCUGAUAAUCUAAAGAUUGAAACUGCACGUACUUGCCUUGAAGGUCCAGCCAAACAGUGGUCCAUUGGUCGAGUUUUCAAUUCUUGA